GCCAUGGCCGAGGUCCCUUCAAGCGCUGGGGGCACGUCCCUGGAGGGCGAGCGUGGCAAGAGGCCCCCGCCGGAGGGCGAGCCUGCAGCCCCGGCGUCCGGAGUUCUGGAUAAGCUUUUCGGGAAGCGGCUCCUGCAGGCAGGUCGCUACCUGGUGUCCCACAAGGCGUGGAUGAAGACGGUGCCCACAGAGAACUGCGACGUGCUGAUGACCUUCCCAGACACGACCGAUGACCACACGCUGCUAUGGCUGCUGAACCACAUCCGCGUGGGCAUUCCGGAACUCAUCGUGCAAGUCCGCCACCACCGCCACACACGUGCCUAUGCCUUCUUUGUCACCGCCACGUAUGAGAGCCUACUCCGGGGGGCCGACGAGCUGGGUCUGCGCAAGGCCGUGAAGGCUGAGUUCGGCGGGGGCACCCGUGGCUUCUCCUGUGAGGAAGACUUCAUCUACGAGAAUGUGGAGAGCGAGCUGCGAUUCUUCACCUCCCAGGAGCGCCAGAGCAUCAUCCGCUUCUGGCUGCAGAACCUGCGUGCCAAGCAGGGCGAGGCGCUGCACAACGUGCGCUUCCUGGAGGACCAGCCAAUCAUCCCUGAGCUGGCGGCCCGUGGGAUCAUCCAGCAGGUGUUCCCAGUCCAUGAGCAGCGCAUCCUAAACCGCCUCAUGAAGUCAUGGGUGCAAGCUGUGUGUGAAAACCAGCCUCUAGAUGACAUCUGCGACUACUUUGGUGUGAAGAUUGCCAUGUACUUCGCCUGGCUGGGCUUCUACACGUCAGCGAUGGUAUACCCGGCUGUCUUUGGCUCUGUCCUGUACACAUUCACAGAAGCCGAUCAGACAAGCCGGGAUGUGUCCUGUGUGGUCUUUGCUCUCUUCAAUGUGAUCUGGUCAACGCUGUUCUUAGAGGAGUGGAAACGGAGGGGGGCAGAGCUGGCCUACAAGUGGGGGACACUAGACACACCCGGGGAAGCCAUGGAGGAGCCACGCCCCCAAUUCAGGGGGGUGCGACGCAUCAGCCCCGUGACACAGGCUGAGGAGUUCUACUACCCGCCCUGGAAGCGGCUGCUCUUCCAGCUGCUCGUGAGCCUCCCCCUGUGCCUGACGUGCCUCGUCUGUGUCUUCCUGCUCAUGCUUGGCUGCUUCCAGCUGCAGGAGCUGGUGCUGAGCGUGAAGGGGCUGCCCCGUCUUGCCCGCUUCCUGCCCAAGGUAGUGCUGGCCCUGCUGGUCAGCGUGAGUGCCGAGGGCUACAAGAAGCUCGCCAUCUGGCUCAACGACAUGGAGAAUUACCGGCUGGAGAGUGCCUAUGAGAAACAUCUCAUCAUCAAGGUCGUCCUGUUCCAGUUCGUCAACUCAUACCUGAGUCUCUUCUACAUUGGCUUCUACCUCAAAGACAUGGAUCGCCUGAAAGAGAUGCUGGCCACAUUGCUGAUUACCCGCCAGUUCCUGCAGAACAUGCGUGAGGUCCUGCAGCCGCAUCUGUACCGGGGGCUGGGCCGUGGCGAGCUCAGCCUGCGGGCCUUCGGGGAGCUGGCUCGUGCCCUGCUUGGCCUGCUGAGCCUCCAGCGCCCUGCGCCCCAACGACUUGAACCCCAGGCUGAUGAGGGUGUUGGCAGUGGCAGUGGGGGGGGCCGCAGGUGUCUUAGCGGGGGCUGCGGGGCACCUGAGGAGGAGGAGGAGGUGACGGUGGAGCGGCGGCCUGCAGGGGAAGGCGGGGAGGUGGGGGACGGGCCUCGGGGGGGCGAGGACGAGGAGGAGGAGGAGGAGGAGGAGGAGGAUGAGGAAGAGGGUGAGGAAGGCAGCCUCCUGGACUGCGGGCUCCGGCUAAAGAAGGUCAGCUUCGCCGAGCGGGGGGCCAGGCGGCAUCUGCCCGGCCCAAGCCCAGAGGCCCUCUUGGAGGAGGGGAGCCCCACCAUGGUGGAGAAAGGGCUGGAACCAGGCAUGUUCACCCUGGCCGAGGAAGACGAUGAGGCAGAGGGGGCUCCCGGCAGCCCUGAGCAGGAGCCCCCAGCCAUCCUGCUCCGCCGGGCUGGGGGCGAGGGCCGAGACCAGGGGCCUGAUGGGGGCCCGGACCCAGAGCCCAGCUCCAGCAACUCAGCCCAGAGGCAGAGGCGGCAAAACCGGUCAUCUUGGAUUGACCCUCCGGAAGAGGCACACUCGCCCCAGCUCACCCAGGCGGAGGUGGAGAGCUGUAUGAAGAAGUACGAGGACACGUUCCAGGACUACCAGGAGAUGUUCGUGCAGUUCGGCUACGUUGUGCUGUUCUCAUCUGCCUUUCCCUUGGCUGCACUGUGUGCCCUGGUUAACAACCUCAUCGAGAUCCGCAGCGAUGCCUUCAAGCUGUGCACGGGGCUGCAGCGUCCCUUCGGCCAGCGCGUCGAGAGCAUUGGCCAGUGGCAGAAGGUGAUGGAAGCCAUGGGCGUCCUGGCAAUCGUGGUCAACUGCUACCUAAUUGGCCAGUGUGGGCAGCUACAGCGCCUCUUCCCUUGGCUGAGCCCAGAGGCAGCCAUCGUGUCCGUGGUGGUGCUUGAGCACUUCGCUCUGCUUCUCAAGUACCUCAUCCACGUGGCCAUCCCUGACAUCCCGGGCUGGGUGGCCGAGGAGAUGGCCAAGCUGGAGUACCAGCGCCGGGAGGCCUUCAAGAGACACGAGCGCCAGGCCCAGCACCACUACCAGCAGCAGCAGCGGCGGCGGCGGGAGGAGGAGGAACGCCAGCGCCACGCAGAGCACCACGCCCGGAAGGAGCGCGACGCCAGCAGCCGGGAGGAGGCUCGGGCCGAGAGCUCCGGGCAGGACCCCGCUGCCUCCGAGAAGGCCUCUGCCAAGGCCAAGGGCAGUGGGACGGGCAGCCACGGGACCGAGCGGCCCAAGCGCCCAGGCUCCCUGCUGGCGCCCAACAACGUCAUGAAGCUGAAGCAGAUCAUCCCACUGCAGAGCAAGUUCUUGUCGUCGGGCACUGCGUCCUCACCGGCUGCCAUGGGGACCGGCCCCUCCACCCGGCCACCCCCCGCCCAGUCGCCCACAGGCAGUGACACCCGCCUGCCAGCCUUCCUCAGUUUCAAGUUCCUCAAGUCACCUGAGACCAGGCGGGACCCCGAACGCAGCCACUCGCCGCCCAAGGCCUUCCAUGCUGGCAAGCUCUUCCCCUUCGGUGGGGCCCGAGCUGAUGCCGGGUCCAACGGGGCAGGAGGGCAGGCCCGAGCAGACGGGACCCCUGGCGGUGGCAGCAGCCGACCCCAGAGGAGUGGGCCAGCGGACGAAGCCUCAGCUGAGGAGCUGGAAGCCCCCCGGCCCGAAGAGGAAGGCUCAGGGACAGCGCUGGCCCCCGUGGGCACCCCUGCCCUCCGCAAUCGCAGCAGCCGGAGCCCCGCACCACCACCGCCAAGGCCACUGCCCCGGCCCCCGACGCCACCCGCCGGCUGCUGGCAGUGGGACGGGCCAUGGGGCUGCGGGGGCGAGAGCAUCGCCCCCCGCCAGACCCCACUCGCUGCUGAGUGCCCUCCUUGUGUCCUCGCCGGGCCCCCGCCUGCCCCUCAGCCCCUGCCAGGGGAUACCAGCUUCUACAGCCUCCCACCCCCACCGCUGCUGCCCACCUCAGAGCCUGCCGAGUCCCCGGUGCCUCCACCCAGCCCCAGCCCGCAGGCCGUGUGCUGGCCCAGUGGCCGGCAUUAGUGCCGCCUGCCCCGCCUCUGUUCUCUCAUAUGCAAUAUCAGUCCUUAUGGGGGUGGUCAGCCAGGACGCACGCCUCAGCCCCCCAUGGCCCCCAGAGUUGGCCACCCCUUCUAGGGCGGGCCCCCCAUCUGCCGUUUUCCUUUUGACCAAGACGGGGGGCACAAAGGAAACCUGAAAAACCAACAGACAACACACAGAAGAGGCGAUUAUUUAUUUGUUUUUAAUUUAUUUUGUCAUAUUUUUGUAAAACGGCAGAAAUGCAAUAAAAAGUAUAUUUCAACAGUGCCCAAGGUCAGAGCAGUGGAAAGGGGCUUGGCGGGACCCAGGGACUUGGGGUCCAGGGUGGGCGCUCCUGCUACUCCUGGCACAAGCUGGUUUGACCCUUGGGUCCCAAAAACUGGGUCUCAGGGCCACAGAUGGAAAACUCCAGGCUGCACUGCCUCUGAGCUGGCCCAGAUCUGGGGGCCGACUUUGGCCCAGAGGCCUUGGGAGGAGCCACAGGGCCUCAGUCCCCGGCUUCAGCCACCGAGAUGAAGGAGGAAAUCUCAAAGUGCUGAGAGGAUCCAAUAAUUUGGGCACUGGGCUUGGGUCCUGAAUAGAUGUCAGCCUUGAAGGGGGAAUGGGGGAUGACACAGUCCUCCAAGCUGUGCCCAGGGGGUAGGGUGGGGGUGGGAAAGGUGGCAUCUUCUGACCUUCUGGUGCACCCGCCUCCCAGCAUGCCAUCUGGGGAGGCAGAGACAGCGGAAAGAACCUGGGACAUGAAAAUGGGAAGGCACCUGGUGCCUGAGCAACGCCCCCCGCCUUGCAGUCCCAAAGUCAAGAUAUUGAGAGGAUGGUGUUUUUGGGAUGGCUUCAGGGAGCAGCCAGGAUGUCCCACUGUGGUACAGAUGUCAGACCCAAGCCACUGGGACUCUUCACUGUGAUUCGGGGAUGGGAAUGUGACCAGACUGUCCACAUCUAAUGGCUAUGGGCUCAGAGCCCGACGUGGCCUCACCCCAGGGCUGGGCCAGAGGGACAGGCUGAGAGAGCACGUGAGAAGGAGCGCUGGGGCCGUGGAGGAGUGCAAAGGCAGAGAGGUGUGGGAAGGCAGAGUCUGCGGUGAGGGGAAAGCGGAGUCAGAGAGACCCCAAAGGCGAGGCUGGCUCGGGGGCCUGGGCUCCCCCACAAGGGCAGUGGGAGCCAUGGAGAGUAUGUGCGCAGAGACAGGACACAACAGGCCCAUGAGUUCUGGGGAAGACCACAAGGGGUCCUAGGACCUCCCCCGCCCAGAGGGCCGAGGCAGAAGACAGAAGAAGCACCUGCCUGGCGGUCAUGGCUGAGCCACGGGUAGACAGCAGCAGCAGGAGACAGGACCCAGCCCCUCAAAGGGGGAAACCAGGGCCAGAGAGGCCCGGGCAAAGCGAAGGGAAGGGCAGGGUGCCACCUGCUCCCCCUCUGCUCUCUGGCCUUUGAAGCAGAAAUCCCACCACCUCAGUCACUAACAAACAGAUGACAUGAGCCUACCAGGGUCAGACUAAGCCCUAGAGCUGGGGGUUUCCACCUAGUCUCUGAGCCUCCAGGGAGCUCAGCCUGCCCCAGCAUGACCACGGUCAAGCUGGCCUUUCCUGGGCACCUGCCCUGAGACUGCAGGGACCCUACAAUAUUGUGCCCAUGGUGUGCAUGCCAUCAGGAGAUAGGAGGCACAGUCCCUUGGCCCCAGGGCACAGCUGGGUGGCCACACUGGGCUGGGGCUGGCUCAGCCGCACCUGUGCACAACAGGAGCUGGCCUGGAACUGUCCACCCCCAGGAGAGCUGGGCAGCCCAGGCUGGCAAGGUCUGGCUCAAGCAGGGCCCUCCACAGUGAUCAUCUGGGGUGGGCAACCCCUCCCCAGCCUGUUGUCUCCUCUAGCUCUUUGGCCCAAUCCCUUACCAGCCCCAAUGCCUGUAAUACUCAGCUCUCAAAACUGCGGCCCCCAUUCAGGACGGAUGGCGGGGAGAAGCAGUGCUCUCCUUGCCCCACGAGCCUUCUGCCCAGCACCCGUAAGCCCCUAUGUCCUGGAGCUCAGCCCCAACCCAGCCCAGCUGACAGAGGAGGAGCCCCUGUGAGCGGCCAAGGGAUGAGCCACCCAACAGGCGCCAGCACUCAGUACACUUCCUCUGACCCAGGGACACUUGAGGCCAGACCACCUGGGCUGGCUACAUCUGCCAAAUGCAACCUCUGGAGGCCCUGAGACAGACCUCCAGGUGAGACCAGGCCAGCUCCACAGUGGCUGGGGGGUGAAUAUUCCGGGCACGGGGCCAACUCCAGCUCCAUCCUCAGUGCCACAGACCGUCUCUCCAAGAUGACAUGGUCUUCAGGGACACCUUGACAGGUGAGGCAGAGGGGCUGGUCCAGGCAGGUCUUGGCCUUCAGUGUGGUGGCCACAGCAGGCCCGUGAGAGAAUCCAGCUGGUCCCUGGGGCCCCAGCAUGUGGGGCCCCUUCUCACUCCUCUUGGU